AUGACAAAUCAGAGUCUGGCAGGUCAUAUCACCAAGUUCCGAGUAUCCCAAACUCCACGGAUCAAGCGGAACAGACCCGCUGUAUCUUGCUCAACGUGUCGUGCGCGCAAGCAGAAAUGCGACCGACAACAACCAUGCGGUCCAUGUCAGAAGCGUGGUGUCCAGAAUUCAUGUCACCUAGAGCCAACUUCGCGACCGCCCGCCGCUUCGCUGGCCAAUCGUGUUGAUAGUCGAGUCCAGGAUGAGCUUAGGCAGAUGCAGAGCCUCCUCCAGAGUCUCCUCAGUCAGCCUAACCAGGACCAAGUAGCCACAUCCUGCGAAAACCUAGCCGCGGGUGUGGAUCGCAUUCGGCAGGCUAUCAAUUACAGGGCUGUGACGGCUCCGCAAGUGGACCAACCUCCAGACAUCGUAUUUGGAUCUCUCGCCAAAGCUACCUUAGAAGAUGUUCUGGCGGCUUUGCCAUCCCGCCAGGAUUCUGACAAUAUUGUCUUGACAUACCUCAACGCAAGACAUAUUGCUGUACCAUUCAUUCAUAUCCACCAAUUCCGCAGACAGUACGAAGCCUUUUGGAACAACCCUGGAUCUGCGAACCUUCUGUGGGCAAGCAUCCUAUUCUCAGUCCUCGCGCUUGGUGCCAGCAUGCCUGAUGGCAGGGGAAACCAUCACCAGUCUUCAGCAUUUAUUUCCAUGUCAGCCCGAUGUCUUAUAUCCGGUCAGUAUAGCACUGCGACUGAAUUCUCUGUUGAAGCCCUGGCUAUGCAUCUUCAUGCACGAUGUUUCCAUCAAGAGGACAGGGACAUCAAUCUGUCCCAGCUUCAUGCUUUGACUGUUCGUAUUGCGCAGCAGCGGUGUUAUCAUGUGGAUGGAGGCGACUACUUACAGGCUCUGACACCCUUUCAAGUCGAAAUGAGACGGCGCAUUUGGUAUUAUCUCCAGUACUACGACGUCUUGCUAUCUCUUGAGCAUGGACUACCGCCACUGAUACACGAAGAUACGUACUCUGUCGGCCAUCCAACAAACGUCACAGAUGACGAGUUUGAUGAAGAAACCAAAGUCAUCUUCGCUAGUCCAGUGGCAGAGGCCAAUGCUGCGCUCCCCUGCGUAUACAUGUCCCGACUAUUGCCAAUUCUGAGAAACAUCAUUCGCCACGCCCUUGGUUUCAAGACCUGCAACUAUAAGGACGCCCUUUUCCUCAAAUCGCAGCUUGAGGCAUGGUACAGAUCGAUUCCACUCUGCCUCCGCGUGCAUUCCAUCAAGGAUACUUGCCUGACAAAUACUACUUUCACCGCUUUACAACGUAUCCUAUUUCAGCUCAUCUACAACACAGGAAUCGCACUCAUAUAUCGUCCGUUCCUCAAUAUCAUGAGCCUUGAGAAUAGAUAUUGCGAAACUGCGCUUGACAUGUCUCGCAAGAAUGCACUAAGAUCUAUUGAAGUAUACAUAGAGGUUGAUCAAGAGAUGCAGAGAGGGGGAAGACUCUAUAACGAUCCACAAGUCAGGGCUAACUUACCCGUCAAUGACUUCUUUAUAACAAUGAUAAUGGCACCACUGGAGUUCUUCGGUUGCCCCAACUUACCGCAAAGCCAAAAGGGCUAUAUUAUCCAUACACUCGAAACGGCAGCACAGCUGUGGCCCACGAGAUCAUGUGUCUCUUCAUACGCCCUUGAAAGCUCGCGACUGCUUCAGGUCAUUCUGGCAGACAUCCAUUCGUCAACCUCAAUUGAGCAUCCUAUAUACCCAAACAUCUCUAACUCAAGCCAAGAAAGUGCUUUACUACAAACUUUUGGGACUUACGGACCAAGGGGCGAUGAUGCCUGUGAAUUCGACAACUUCCCGUGGAACACCACUACAAUGUCGGAUUGGGGCUCGAUGAACUUGUUGAUUGACCAUGAGGAAUUUGACAGGUCAAUCACUGAAGAGUCAAUCAUCGGUGUUUAG